AUGGCGGUGAAUAAUUGGACCAUAAAUCUGGAAUGCGAUGGGAAAGCUGAAGGAUAUAAACAUGUGCAAAGAGAAAUACAUAGAGAUGAGAUAUGCUUUUUUGACUUGAUUGAUCUGAUCGAGGGUUCUGGGUACACAUCAGUCGACUAUCUAUACUACAAGAGAAAAGAUAGCUUGGCUAUAAUACAACAAGAUUCUGAUGUGAUGGAAAUGCUCAACAAGUGUGAGAGCGAAAACACGCAUAUCCAGCCCCAUCGUGGAAGAGGAGGUACAAGGAAAAAUAAAGGAUUAAAUGUAAUGCAUACUGAAGCACUAUAUGCUAACGAGGUUGAGCAGCAUGAUGAUGAGAACCAGAACACAUCAGAUGAUAUCAAUGAAGAUCAAUGGAAGGCCCUAGUAAAAUAUUGGAAGUCCAGCGAAGGACAAACCCUAAGUGAGAAGAACAAAAUAAGUUGUGAAAUGAAGAAGACAACACAUAUGGCCGGUACAAAGAGUUAUGCUCGUUGGUCUGAGGACAUGGUUGAACUGGAAAAUCUCCUAGACACACAACCAGAGUUAGCACAAAAUAGUGAGGGAGGAGUUGCAUGGGAAGGUGAUGCAUUACAUCGGUUGUUGGGAGAAGAGAAAGCCGGACAAGUGCACACCAUGGGAUUGCUUCCAGUUCCUAAACAAGUUUAUGGUCGAAGAACACACCAUUUUAAGGACAUUAAUAUAGUUUCACUAGAUGGCUCAUCAUCUGAUGUAGAGACUCACAUCUUGGAGGAAAUAAGGCAACUCAAAGAGCAUUCUAGAAUGCAAGACAAAGUUAUUGAAGAACUAAAAAACAAUCAAAGGCACCAUGAGAACCAAGAAGCAACAAUGGUAACAAUGGAAAUUGUGCUAGGAGUGAUCAUAACAAUUCUUAGAAUCAAGCGGUGCUUUCUAAAAGAAAGAGUUCACUGUGUUGCACCGAACCAGAAUGAUGGAUUCCUUGAGCACAGGGAUGAAUUGAAUAAAGAAACAUGUGAGUCUGAAUAUAGUGAUGAUGACAGUCUACUUUUAUCCACCACAAGUAAAACAACAAAGAAACAAAAGGUUGGGUCCAUGGUGCUACUAAUGACUUCAAAAUAUCCUAAUAAGGCUAAUGUGGCCUAUGCAACUCUCUUGAGAACUGAUCCAGAAGCCAUUGUUGGUGGAGUUAAGAUAGGAAGUCAAUUCUACAAAGUGCGUAUCGAUCAUGCUAUAGCAAAAGAUGAGUCAUUAGUGAGGCCUAGGCCUGGGUGCAACAAUAUUUGUGAUGCUCAAGCCAAAGGAGUCUCAAUUGCUUGGCCUUCGAUGUUUGUUCAAAUGAUUAAUGGUUGA